UUUGACGGCAUGGUGCGCAUUUCACGUGUUGUAAAUUUUAAAAUUUUCACAUAAAUUUAUCAAAAUGAAGCACAAAAGGUUUGAGGAAAAUAUUUUAGUCGAUGAAGCUUACACAAAUUAUGGUAAAGUUGACAAAAAUGCUGAUGGAAAGAAAAGUCAGGGUAUUGCAAAACAUUUUGCGGAGACACUCGAAUAUGAGGAGAAAAAGAAAUGGUUUCAUCAGCUCCCAGAUGAACCCAGUACAAUAACGAAGGUGCUGACACCAGAACAGAUAGAAGAAGUGCGGAAGGAAGCGAGCAGUGCACUGCAUGGUGACACAGCGGCAUACGAAACCAAAUCAAACAGAAGUGGUUCAUCAGACCAGCAGUGGGCCAGGACUCUGUUGAACAAAGGAGCUAUAGGAGACAGGGUAGCAGCAGCUACAAUAUUGAUUCAGGAUAACCCUCUCUACAAUUUGACAGCACUCAGAAAUUUGGUCAACAGUGUCAAACCAGCCAAGAAAAAGGAUGGAAUCAUUGUUAUAGAUGCACUAUCAGAGCUCCUAAUAUCCGAACUCCUAAUCCCUGAUGCGAAGCUGCGGACACUCGAGCAGCAUCCACUGGGCCACCUGGACGAGAUGACGUCAGGCAACAAGCAAGCGCGCAGGAAUAUACUCAAGCUGUGGCACUAUGAGGACCAGCUCAAGGAGUUGUAUGGAACUUACGUAGAAGCGUUGAACAAGUUCGCCCACGACUCGGUGGAAGCGAACAAGGAGAAAGCCGUCAGCGCCAUGUCUUAUCUGCUCAUGCAUCACCCGGAAAGAGAGAAGAUGCUGUUAACGAACAUAAUCAACAAACUGGGAGAUCCGUCACAGUCAGUAGCGUCUAAGGUGAUAUACCACCUGUGCCAACUUCUGUACAACCAUCCCAACAUGAAGUCUGUGGUGUUAGCUGAGAUUGAGAAAAUGCUGUUCAGGACAAACAUAUCGCCGCGUGCGCAAUACUACGGCGUGUGUUUCUUGAAUCAGUUCUUCUUGGGCAAGGACGACUCCAAAAUAGCGGAGAACCUUAUCAGGAUCUACUUCUCAUUCUUCAAGGCUUCGAUUAAAAAGGGAGACAUCGACUCUCGCCUAAUGUCCGCCAUACUAACAGGCGUCAAACGCGCGUACCCAUUUGCCAACAAAGACCGUCUUUCCGACACUCCUGCGCACAUCGACGCUAUACAUAAGCUAGUACAUCUAGCUAGUGCAGGCGUCGCUAUACACGCAUUAGCUUUGUUGCAUCAUACUUGCAUGGCUUCUCAGGCCGCUGCGGACCGCUACUACACCGCACUAUACCGAAAACUAGCAAACGUCGACAUAUUUAACACAACGCAUUCCGCUCUUCUCUUCUCGCUCAUUUACAAGUCGUUGAAGCAGGACAAGAACACUUCUCGAGUCGCGGCGUUCAUCAAACGUUUGCUUCAACUUUGUUGCUACGCGACUCCCGCGCAAUCGUGUGGAAUGCUGUUUCUGGUGUCGCAAGUAUUGAAGGAUGGGGAUAUGAAGGAUGCUGUCAAACUCGUGUGGACUAAGAGAGAAAUUAAGGAAGAGGAGGUAAAAGAUGAAAAAGAAGAACAUUCAGAUACAGAACAGAACGAUCCAGAAAAGAAAGGUAAAGAAGUUAGUGAUUCAGAUAAUGAGACAGAAGAACUGAAAACAGAAGAAGAAAAAGAGGAACAGAAGAAAAUUGAUCUUUUGAGAGGAGACAAGAAAGAUCUGCUGAUGGAUGACGACGAAGAAGAAACAUACGUGGACCUGAAGAUAGACGACGAAGGCAACGUCGAGCCCGCGAGACGCCGGCCCGCCGCCGCCGCCGUCGGCUGGUUCCACGCCAAGGUCAAGACGGAAGAGGCUGUGGAGAAGCCGGACAAGAAGUUGGAAACCAAGAUACAGCUGAAGAGGACCGUUAAUAUGGAUAAAGUGAUAUCCGAGUACAACCCAUUCGCCCGCAAUCCAUCCUUUGCGGGGGCAGAACACAGCGCGUACGUCGAGCUGUUACCGCUGGCCAGACACUUCCACCCUACCGUCAGGCUGUUCGCUGAAAAGCUGCUGGCUGAGCAAAUAGUCCAAUACAGCGGCGACCCGCUGAAAGACUUCGCCGGGAUCCGAUUCCUGGACCGCUUCGUGUUCAAGAACCCCAAGAAACGCGCCGACACGCAAGAUGGCGACGUCAAGAAGGUCAAAGGAUCGCACCCCAAGUUUGCUAUCAGAAAGAACUAUACUGCUAAAGGUCUAAAGAGCUUGCCAGUGAACUCAUCGGUAUACCUGAACGAAGACGCCAAAAAGAUACCAGUUGAUGAGAGGUUCCUUUACGAUUUCCUACAAAAGCGGCGCGAAGUGAAGGACUCUGAUGACGAUGACAGCGAUGACGAUUCCGUGACUAGCGAGGACUUCGAGAAGUAUCUUGACAGCGUCACCGGCUCUCGAGCCCAAACCGAUUCAGACGAAGAAUUAGACUACCUAGCGGAUAUGGAGGCGAACAAACAGAAGAAACAAAGCAAGAAGAAGGCUGGUGAUGACCAGCUGGAUGAGCUGGGGACUGACGAUGAUGAUGAUGUGGAUGACGAAGACAUUGGCGGCGGCAGUGAUGAUGGAGUCAAGAUCUCGCUGACGUUCACAAGUCUUCCCAUUGAAAAACAGUUCUAA